UCCCGCCCGACGGAUCAGGAUCUGUGCGUGUCGUCUUCUAGUCCGCGAGUGUGCGUGUGUAGCUUGAGAGUAAAGGCUUUCCGGAAGAAAAGCAGUUUACCACACAAGGAAACCUCGACGGAAAAUAAAAGGCAGAAGCUUUCAUUAUGUUUCGAUUUAUUUUGUUAUCGACGUUGCUGGUGGCAGCGACCGCCCAGUACCAAGGCGGAUACAACCGGGAUCCGAAGACCGCUGCUAUCCUGAGUGAACAGCGCUAUCUGGCCGGGGACGGCAAGUUUGGCGCUGCCUACGAUCAGGAAGAUGGAACAAACUUCAAGGAGGAAACGGAUGCCGAUGGUAACCGUCGUGGAUCAUACAGCUACGUCGAUCCUUCUGGACAAAGAAGAACUGUUUCCUACGUUGCUGGAAAGAAUGGAUUCCAAGCUUCUGGUGACCACCUGCCAGUAGCCCCUGCUGCUCCGGCUCAUGCUGCGCCUCAGCCUCAGUACCAACCCCAACCUCAGUACCAAUCCCAGCCGCAGUACCAGCCUCAGCCGCAAUACCAGCCGCAGCCACAGUACCAGCCCCAAUUCAGCAGCGGAGGCCGUAGCUUCGAUAACCAGGGUUAUGACGAUGGACAGUACGAUCCCCGCUGGAACGACCCAUCUUUCAGCGAUCAACAUUCCCGUCAAGCUCCCGCUCCCAUCCCAGCUCCAGCCCCAGCACCUGUCCACAACUAUCGCCCUGCACCAGCACCAGCUGCUCCUGCUCCGCAGUACAAUCACUACAACCACGCCCCGGCUGCCCCACAACCUCAUCAGGAAUGGACUACUCAGGCCCCACAUCGGUUCCAGCCUCCGGGCAAACUGCAGCUGAACAGAACCCCUGACGGCUUCAGUUACUCUUUUAACAAAGUCUAAGUAAUCGAUACUGAAAGCAAGUCAAAGAGAUUGAAAGAGAGACGGUGUGAUCGCGUGUGUGAGCAAGCGAGCGACAGAUAGAGAGAGAACGCGUGAAACGUAAAGGAUUCCAUUCACCUCCACUGCCACAGAUCCUUCGGAAUUCCCCACCAACCUCCUUUCAGAUUAGCGCGCGUGUUCUGUUCACUGUUUGUUUUAGUAGUCGAGUAAGAGAUACUGCCUGUUGUGAUAUAAGUACGUAGGAGAUACUUAACCAUUGAAUAACGUCUACACUGCUUUAGCUAGAUUUUAUUUAAUCGUCCAUUAAUCUCUAUUUUGAAUACGAUACUCUCAUUAUAGUUUUCUCUGAAUUAAAUAUCCGGAAAAUUUUCAAACUACGAACCAAUUG